ACAGCAAAGUUAACACUGCGUUUCUCUCUUUACCGCGCGUUAGGGCAUCUCGGUUGACUCCAGCUUCCUCUCCCCUCAAAGAUGCCGUACACGAGAGUGAAAAGGUCUGUUUCACCGCAGACCUCUGUCUCACCUGUCAAAGGGCGUCAAUCGAGAUCAUUGUCCAGGUCUAGAAGAAGUCGUUCUAGGAGCCCAUCUGUGGAUGCUAGCAAUCCUGGAAACAACUUGUAUGUAACGGGCUUAUCCACAAGGGUUACCUCUGCUGAUGUUGAGAAAUUUUUUAACAAAGAAGGCAAGGUGUUGGAUUGCCAUCUUGUAACUGACCCUCGCUCAAGAGAAUCUCGUGGAUUUGCAUUUGUCACAAUGGAAACUGUAGAGGAUGCUGAGCGAUGUAUCAAGUACUUGAAUCGUUCUGUGCUUGAAGGUCGACUGGUCACUGUGGAAAAGGCGAAGAGGAAGCGAGGGAGGACACCAACUCCAGGAAGAUACCAAGGCUUGAGAGAUAAACGAGAUGCAGGACGUGAUCGUGGAGAUCGUGAUUAUGGUGAUCGUGGAGAUCGUGAUUAUGGUGAUCGCAACCGUGAUCGUGAUCGUGAUCGUAGAAGAUCUCGCAGCUAUUCUCCUCGUAGGCGGCAAGACAGAGAGCCUCCAUCCAGGGAGCGCCGAGGAAGGUCACGUUCUCCACCAGCCAGGGAGCGGAGGAUGGAUGAGCAUUCAGACUCAUACAGAAGGCGCAGGGAUCACUCCUGAAUUUGCCAACAGUUAUAGCUACCCUUGCCAGGCAUUCCCCCAAGUUGAGGAAACAUUAACUCUGUCUUUGAUGUGGGAUAUCAGGAUCUUAGUACAUUUGCACUUUUAUUUUCCACCAACGCUUUAUCCGUAAUGUUGUUGUACUUGUAUGAAUAGGACCUGUGUAGCUAAAUGCUGUGAGGCCACAUUUGUUGUUGAUCACUUUCUCAGCUUUG